AUGCCGGACCAGGUACGCCGCAGACAAUGGAGAGAAGAAUCCAGAAAGCGGCGGGGGAAUCUGCAUAUCCCAGAAUGUUUGACAUGGGGCGCGUUCAAUCUGGACUUUCCAACACUCGACAACCCAGGCGUCGUGGAACUCCAGAUAUUUAUGCGUGAGCUGGAUGGCGAAGCACAGUGGGCAAAAUCGAGAGAGGAGAUCAUCGCAGAAUUCAUGAGAAAAUUGCUUCCCCUGAAGAGCCCACUUAAUAUCAUUGCAUCGAUACCUUCUGCCUUUCCAGGAUCCAGUGGAGACAUGAUUCUGUUGAAAGACUCGCGGGCUUUGGACGACUGUCUUCGCGAAAAGUUUGACAAACCACUCCUCUAUCGGGGAUCGGUGUCGGGAAAUUCACUCUCUGGUCGCCAACUAAGCUUAGAUGCAUUCUGGAUGCAUCUACGUGAGCAAAUCAACAACACCAUUGACGUUUACGACUAUACUGUGGCAGAUCCUGCUGGCAGAACACGAAGAAUGGCUGUCCAGGAAGUUCUUUCACAUUGGGAGAUCCCUCAGCCUAAACGCCAUGCAAUCAACCUCCUGGACAUCGAAAACAGAAUUGGUGACUUCUGUCCGACUGAAAUAAUAAGACAUGAUCUAUCGAAUAAAUUGUCUUGCGGAAUUCCAGAGAACCUGGGGAAAACGGAGUCACAAUGGAGAAAUGAGCGGCGGGAAUUCUUUCUGCUGAGCGGAGCAAACGCGAUAUCCUCCAUCCACGUGGAUAAUGGAGCUCAGCUAACCUGGAUUAUGAUUCUCGAAGGGCGGAAGAUCUGGUAUUUCCCACGCAAAGUGACGGAUGAUGCGGUUCGACUCUUAGCCCUUGCAGGUUCCCAGUGGUCUCACGGAUAUGAAGAAGGAUGGGUACGGGUGGAAUUAUGCGCCGGUGACCUUUUAGUUAUGCCUCCUAGUUUUCCUCACGCAGUAUUCACUCCAGAUGAUUGCCUUGCGGUCGGCGGCCAUUUCUACACGGCACCACAUCUUAGUUCAACUCUCCGUGGGCUCAGACUUCAGGAGGACUAUCCUGACAUAUGCAAUGAAGACCUACAAGCAGAUUUCUACAAUCUUCUCACAAGCCUUCUUCAUAACGGGAGUCAGGUCUGGACUGCUACACAGCGGGUCGACAUCCUUACCUCUUCUUCACUAUUUCUGGAUAACCUGGACACGGCAUCUUUAGCAAUUCGAUAUAAAGCCAAUGGACGCGCCAGCCGCUCUCGCGGCGCGAGUGAUCGCCAGUCCAGAGUCAUCGAACGACUCAAUUCAAGAUCGACCAGCCGCAAUUAUCUUGGGCAAAGUCGUACCCUCUUCAUGAAUGCCCUGGAAGUCUUCCGGAAACAGCUCCUAGAGACUUGGGAUAUCCAUUCUUAA